AUGCCUCCAGCAUCCCUCUCCAUCGCACUCUCCCUCGCAUUCCUCCCUGGUGCUCUUUCGCUCGAUGUGACCCUCUGGCAGUUUGGACACACUGGGCGUGUCGCCGGAGGCGCCACCACCCUUCCGCUCGUCCCGUUGGGCACAAGGACUGGCGCUGGGUCUGAUAACCUUGCGACGACAUACCUCUAUCAAGUGGUUAACCCGCAGACCUUCACGUCGACCCGGGUUGACGGGGCGCUGACGACGCAAGUUAUUCCGAUAACAUCCUCACGCACGAUUGCAGUCUCCGCUUCCGGCUGGGACGAGCGCCUGGACAGCGGGACAGAUAUUGCAUGCGCAUUUGUCGACGAAAACUCCGGCGCCUGCUUCGACGGCGUCAGCAGCCUGAGCACUACGAGCCUCGCAAACAGCGGUGCGCCUUUCGUCGACGUCAUACCUGUCUCUGCUAUCCCGGUCAGUCCUGGACCCACUACCGUUGCUUCCAUACCCUCUAAAUCAAAGAGUGCCUCCUUUUCCUGGGCUGCGGUGCCUCCCUAUGCUACAUCCGGGUCUCCGCCGCUAUCCCACUCAGAUAUCCACCCGGGCGCCGUUGUCGGCGCCAUAGUCGGCGGCCUGCUCAUUCUGGCGUUGACCGUCGCGGUCAUCCUGCUCUACCGUCGCCUCAGGUAUCAAGAGCGAGAUUUGCAGCCUGAUAUAGAUGCGUAUGGGACCCAGCCGCGCCCCUUUUUCGUUCUGCGCAGCAGUUUCCCGCAUGCGCCUAACGGGAAGCUUGUUCGCGGCUGGAAUCCUGUCACGGUCCUACAGCUGCCGAAAAAAAGGAAUUUCAACACGGGUCACAGGCGAGCAGAUAUGGGCCCCAUUACGGGCGAGCUUGAGCGCGUGCAUGGGGCAUGGACUCUCCCACCGGCAUAUUCUGAAUGA